AUGAUCUCCUGCAUCAACCCCUUCGACUCCAGCCUCCGCUGGGGCACCUCCACUCCCGGCGCACCCGCGCUGAUCCUUGAAGACCUGCUGGCCAUGCUGCACCAGCCCGCCGUCGGCUACUCCGAGGAGCUCGAGAGAGAGACAUGGGAGGCUGUGGCGGGCGGCUACAGGGCGGUGUUGGCGGUCGAUCGCCCCAGCGAGCCCCACCCGGCCGUGCUGGAGGCCCGCAGGGCGGCCUGCGCGCUGCGUGCCGCCGGGGACCCGCCUCCCGGUGUGACCAGGCCGGGUGCGUACCUCCAGAGGCUGGGCGCGAAAUUGGACGACCUGCUGGCAUCACACCUGGAUGACGUAACAGGCGGGCUGGGCCGGCUUCGGGGCACGUCGCUGCUGGAGGGGGUGGCGGGCGCGUGGGAGAGAUACCGGGGCGCCUGCGUGGCGAUGCAGGGGGUGCUGAGAACCCUGGGGUUUAGUCAGCCGCCCUGCGAGCGAGAGUUCGGUCUCUGGGCUUCGCGGGUGGUGGACAGCCGGUUGGCUGCGGCGCUGGUGGAGGCGGUGGCGGAGAGCAGGGAUGGUCCCUUCGAGGGUCUGGCGCUCGUGAAGAGCGUCAACGGCAUGCUCAGGGACGUGGGUGCGUACCACGCCACGUUCGAGGAGCCGGCGCUGGGGGAUGCCCGGCGGCACUUCGCGGAGGUCGCCGAGAAGGGGGCCCGGUCGCUGGACCUGGCGGCCUACGCGGCGGCCGUGGAGGGCGCGAUCGACGCGGAGAGACGGCGGUGGGCGGGGAUGGGCUGCAGGCAGGAGGCCAGGCCCGGCGAGGGGAUCGAGGCCCUGGCGCGGCGGCAGCUGAUCGACGGCCAGAGGGACGCCCUGCUGCCGCGGCUGGAGGUCGCGCUGGCGCGGGCGCUGGACGGGCCCGGGGGCCCAGCGGGCUUCCCACCCAUCUACAGGGUGUUCCGCGGCGCGGAGUGGGCGCGGGCGGCCAUGGUGCGCGCGUUCAGGGCCCACCUGAAGGCCGGCAUUGACUCGAUCGGCGGGGCGCCCUCCGCCGACCACCUCCGGGGCGUGUGGAGACGGUACGGCAGGACGAUCACGGAGCAAUUUUGCGAGAACGAGCAGCUCUGGAAGAUUUUAUUCCAUGAAGUUAGCGCCUCGGCCGCGGGCGGCGGAGCCGGCGGCCGGGCAAUAAAGGAGGGGGAGGGACUUGUUGGGGACAUGCUCAGGACGCAGCCCUACCUCCGGGACGACCCCUGGGGCAAGGGCCUGCCGGACGAGCUGAUCCGGCUGAUCGCGGGCCACACCUGCGGCCAGUUCAGGCCGGCGUGCUCGCCCUGGCGCCCGGGGGGUCUGGACUCCCGGGCCCAGCGGCUGACGGCGCGCAUGGUGAACUCGGACUGGUGCCGCGCGAUCAGCGACGCUGGAAUGUGA